AUGAGCUCCCCAAUUCAACUAGACGUUGGGGGCACUAUAUUCGAGACUAGUAAAUCCACGUUGACAAGAUUCGAUGGAUUUUUCAAAACUAUGCUGGAGACAAAUGUUCCGGUAGAACGAAACCAGUCCGGUCAUAUUUUCCUCGACCGUGAUCCCACUCACUUUCAAGUCAUUCUCAAUUUCAUGAGAGACGGUGACGUGGAUCUUCCUGAUUCCGAAGAAACCGUGAAGAAAAUUUCAAGAGAAGCCAACUAUUUUCUGUUGAAUGGAUUAAUGGAGUUAUGCAACCAGAAACUGAAAAACUCCGCAGUUAACAAUCUGCCAAUGUCUAGAAUGAAAUUUUUGGAGACUUAUGAUCAAGUACUCCGAGUCAUUGCAAAUCCCCAAAAACCUGUCAUUAUCAUCUAUUACGUAGUUUCUCAUGAUGGCUUAAUUGAGAAGCCACUUGGAGUUCAAAGCCACCAGUUUUUCGACAUAACCCAGUUUCUUGACAAAUAUGAAAAUACAUUCGACGUGUAUUUCAAACAACUCGAUUACAAAAGAAAAGAAGAAUAUCGUCGGAAAUCUUGGCACCUAGGUUGUUACUAUAAAAAUAAUGUGAUCAGUGAAUCCGCGUUCUCUUGUGGUGUUGGCAUAGUUAUGAGCUCCUCAAUUAUUCAAUUAGACGUUGGAGGCACAUUAUUCAAGACUAGUAAAUCCACGUUGACAAGAUUCGAUGGAUUUUUCAAAACUAUGCUGGAGACAAGUGUUCCGGUAGAACUAGACCAGUCCGGUCAUAUUUUCAUUGACCGUGACCCUACUCACUUCCAAGUCAUUCUCAAUUAUAUGAGAGACGAUGACGUGGAUCUUCCCGAUUCCGAAGACGCGGUGAAGAGAAUUUCAAGAGAAGCCAACUUCUACUUGUUGCAUGGAUUAAUGGAAUUAUGCAAUCAGAAGCUGAAAAACUCGGCUGUUAAAAAUCUGCCAAUGUCUAGAAUGAAAUUUUUGGAGACUUAUGAGCAAGUACUCCGAGUCAUUGCAAAUCCCCAAAAACCUGUCAUCCUCGUCUACUACUCGGUUUCUGCUUAUGGUUUUAUUAAAAAGCCUGAACGUGCGAAUUUCACGUUUUUCAACAUAUCGGAGUUUCUCGACAAAUACGAAAAUAAAUUCGACGUUUAUUUCAAACAACUUGAUCACAAAAGAAAUGAAGAAAAUUGGCAUCUAGGUUGCUACUACAAACAUGAUUUGAUCAAAGUAACCGAGUUAACCUCUUAUGUUACGCCCGACGAAAUAAUUGCAAAGUUUCUUGAAAAAAUUAAAUAG